GUGUGAUGUCCUUGGUGAUAACUGAGUCUGCCUUGGGGUGGCCCAUCCGGGUAAACACCAGAAGGGUACCAGUUUGUGCUGCACGUAGCUUGCCUUGUUUUGGGUACUAGGAGACGUCUUGUGUACAGUGUGUAUACUGUAUAUACAAUGGGACUGGGAAUUCAUGAAUGGGAGGAGUGUUGAAGACCGGACUGCCAGAUGAGGUUAACCAUUCACCCUAUCUUUGGUCUGUGGAGGGGUUAAUACGUUUCUCCACCCUAAAACAGGCUGUUCUGAAAAAGCCAAGCCCACCUGCUGUGGUCAGAGUGAGAUGGAGCUGGUGGUAGAAUAUAAAAGCCCACAACAAGAAGUCCUGUGGCUGAUCCUCUCAGACACUAUUCAGGGGACUGAUACACAACUGCUAACAGAAUGGCACAUGCAUGGGGAUAUGGACCUGAAAACGGACCAAACACCUGGCAUCAAAGCUUUCCAAUUGCUCAGGGAGACCAACAGUCCCCAAUUGAUAUUAGAACAAAAGAGGCAAAAUAUGACCCAUCUCUGAAGCCUUUGAGUAUUAGUUAUGAUCCAUCAACAGCAAAAUUUAUUGUAAACAAUGGACAUGCCUUCAACGUGGAGUUUGAUGAUUCAGAAGACAAAUCAGUUCUAAGAGGUGGAGCACUUACAGGGACGUACAGAUUGAAGCAGUUCCACUUUCACUGGGGAUCUUGCGAUGACCAUGGCUCUGAGCACACUGUGGAUGGCGUAGAAUAUGCUGCAGAGCUUCACUUGGUUCACUGGAACACUAAGUAUGCCAACUUUGGGCAAGCUGUGAAACACUGUGAUGGACUUGCUGUUGUUGGUGUUUUCUUGCAGGUAGGGGAACAAAGACCUGGGCUGCAGAAACUGGUUGAUGCAAUAAAACACAUUCCAAAUAAGGGAAUGGAGAGAACCUUCACCAAUUUUGAUCCAUCGGGAUUACUUCCAAAAUCGCUGGAUUUCUGGACCUAUCAAGGAUCUCUGACCACUCCACCCCUGCUUCAGUGUGUCACAUGGAAUGUUCUGAGAGAACCUAUUAGUGUGAGCCAGGAGCAGAUAUCAGUGCUUCGUGGACUUUUCUUCAAUAAUGAAAAUGAUACGCCCUGCCAUAUGAUGGACAACUACCGCUCACCUCAGCCAAUAAAAGGACGAGAAGUUAGAGCUUCAUUCCAUUAGGACUCUCGUUUAUAGACCUUAGCACUGCUAUGAUCAUGUUUGGAAGCUGCAAUAUAUCUGAUUGUUGUCUGCACUGACAUCUCUUCUCUAAUCUUUUGCUCUGUGAUUCCUGAAAUAAUGAAAAUGUGAAAGUCUAUUUACAGAGGCAGUUUAUUUUACGCUUGACAACUAUUAGUCAAUAAAUUAAUGCUGCAUUGCUAUUAUAAAAAGGAAUGAAAAAAAAGCCAUUUUAAUAUAUAAUUGUGCGGUAGAAUUAUCUCUGGAAAAAAAACUUGAAUUAAGUACAUAUAGUGAUAUGUAUUAAUAAAUGUGAACUUAAAGUACUUUUUAAAUUAUACAAAGUUAUAUUUAAUAGUAAAAUAUUUGAUUUUAGCUGAAAUGUGUAUAUAUUUUAAAUUUAUAUGAAAAAGUAUAUAUUACAAUGUCUUAAUAAUGCUGACAUUUGCACAGUCUUACGCUUAUUAUAGGGUAAAAAAAUAAAUAUAUAUGAAAUUAACAUUGUAUUUUGGAUACCAUAAUAAAAUUCUGCUAUGUCAAUAGUG